CCUCCGUGCGCUCCGCGUCACCGCUCCUGGCCUGGCGCGCGGCGGCGGCGGCAGCAGCCGGACGGUUCCGCUCGUAGCGCCUCGGGGCUCGCUUCUCCGGCGGCGCCCGCCCGCCGCCUCCGGCCGCUUUUCUCCGCCGUUGGCUCCGGCCGCGUGGGAUUCCCGAUUCCCUCCCGCCCCCCCCCCCCCCCCCCAUCCGGAGCGGGGCGGGCGGCGGGUUCGUUAGUGGCCGGCUCGCUCGCGCGGCCUGGUGCGCGCGGCGGAUCCCGCCGCUCGCGUAGCGCGGGCGCCCGGGCUCCCUGAGGUGAGGCCCGGCCGGCUCGGGUGAGGAGAAGAGAGAAGAAGGGGGAGCGGGGUGGGGUGGGGUGGGGGGGAGCUGGGGAAGAACCGCUUCUCCUCGCCGACCGCCGCCAUGAGCGUGGAGGCGUACGGCCCCAGUUCGCAGACCCUCACCUUCCUGGAUACGGAGGAGGCCGAGCUGCUCGGCGCCGACACGCAGGGAUCCGAGUUCGAGUUUACCGACUUCACUCUUCCCAGCCAAACCCAAACCCCGCCCGGGCCCGGGCAGGCGGGACCGGGACAGGGCCAAGGUCCCCCCGGAGCGGGUCAGGGACCGCCGGGACCGAUCGAAGCACAGGUUAAUGGACCUGAUGGCAUUCUACAGAAUGGAGCUGUGGAUGAUAAUGUGGCUAAAACCAGCCAGCUUCUGGCAGAAUUGAAUUUUGAAGAAGAUGAAGAAGAUACGUAUUACACAAAGGAUCUUCCUGUGCAUGCUUGCAGUUACUGUGGUAUCCAUGACCCUGCUUGUGUGGUUUACUGUAACACCAGCAAAAAGUGGUUCUGUAACGGGCGUGGAAAUACAUCUGGCAGCCACAUUGUUAAUCAUCUUGUGAGAGCAAAGUGCAAAGAGGUGACUCUCCAUAAAGAUGGACCUCUAGGAGAGACUGUCUUGGAAUGUUAUAACUGUGGAUGUCGUAAUGUGUUUCUCCUUGGCUUUAUUCCAGCUAAGGCAGACUCUGUGGUUGUUUUGCUGUGCAGGUUGUGCAGGCAGCCAUGUGCCAGUCAGAGCAGUUUAAAGGAUAUUAAUUGGGACAGUUCACAGUGGCAGCCUCUUAUCCAAGAUCGCUGUUUCCUUUCGUGGCUGGUAAAGAUUCCCUCUGAACAGGAACAGUUGAGAGCACGUCAGAUUACGGCUCAACAGAUUAACAAACUGGAAGAACUUUGGAAGGAAAAUCCAUCUGCAACCCUAGAGGACUUAGAAAAGCCUGGUGUUGAUGAAGAACCACAGCAUGUCCUGCUUAGAUAUGAAGAUGCUUAUCAAUACCAAAAUAUAUUUGGUCCUCUAGUCAAGCUUGAGGCAGACUAUGACAAGAAACUCAAGGAGUCUCAGACCCAAGAUAACAUCACAGUCAGAUGGGACCUGGGCUUGAACAAGAAAAGAAUUGCUUAUUUCACUUUGCCAAAGACUGAUUCAGAUAUGCGUCUUAUGCAAGGAGAUGAGAUCUGCUUGAGGUAUAAAGGAGACCUGGCCCCUUUAUGGAAAGGAAUUGGUCAUGUUAUCAAAGUUCCUGAUAGUUCUACAGAUUAUGGUGAUGAGAUAGCCAUUGAACUGAGGAGCAGCGUUGGAGCGCCUGUGGAAGUUACUCAUAACUUCCAAGUAGAUUUUGUAUGGAAGUCUACUUCAUUUGACAGAAUGCAGAGUGCUUUAAAAACAUUUGCUGUGGAUGAGACUUCAGUGUCUGGGUACAUCUAUCACAAACUGUUAGGUCAUGAGGUAGAAGAUGUAAUUAUUAAAUGCCAGUUGCCAAAGCGCUUUACAGCACAAGGACUUCCUGAUCUCAACCAUUCUCAGGUUUAUGCUGUGAAAACUGUCCUGCAGCGUCCUCUGAGCCUUAUUCAGGGUCCCCCUGGUACCGGAAAAACAGUGACAUCAGCCACAAUCGUCUAUCAUCUGGCUAGACAGGGCAAUGGGCCUGUGUUAGUCUGUGCUCCGAGUAAUAUAGCUGUAGAUCAGUUGACUGAGAAGAUCCAUCAAACUGGACUGAAAGUGGUUCGUCUGUGUGCUAAAAGUCGUGAGGCAAUUGACUCUCCUGUAUCCUUCUUGGCAUUGCAUAACCAGAUCAGAAACAUGGAUAGCAUGCCAGAGCUUCAGAAACUGCAGCAGCUUAAAGAUGAAACUGGAGAACUGUCAUCUGCUGAUGAGAAACGUUACCGUGCACUGAAACGAACAGCAGAGCGUGAAUUACUUAUGAAUGCAGAUGUGAUCUGUUGCACAUGUGUGGGAGCUGGUGAUCCAAGACUUGCAAAAAUGCAGUUCCGCUCCAUUCUGAUUGAUGAAAGCACACAGGCUACUGAGCCAGAGUGCAUGGUGCCAGUUGUCCUGGGAGCAAAACAGCUUAUUCUUGUGGGUGACCACUGCCAGCUUGGUCCUGUUGUGAUGUGUAAAAAAGCUGCAAAGGCUGGCCUAUCUCAGUCUCUCUUCGAGAGGCUUGUGGUGCUUGGGAUUCGUCCGAUUCGCCUGCAAGUGCAGUAUCGCAUGCAUCCUGCACUUAGUGCUUUUCCAUCCAAUAUCUUCUAUGAGGGUUCACUCCAGAAUGGUGUUACUGCAGCGGACCGUGUGAAAAAAGGGUUUGAUUUCCAGUGGCCACAGCCAGAUAAGCCAAUGUUUUUCUAUGUUACACAAGGACAGGAGGAAAUUGCCAGCUCAGGCACCUCUUACUUAAACAGGACGGAAGCUGCCAAUGUGGAAAAGAUAACUACAAAGCUAUUGAAAGCUGGUGCCAAACCAGAUCAGAUUGGCAUUAUUACACCUUAUGAAGGUCAACGAUCCUAUCUGGUGCAGUACAUGCAAUUCAGUGGUUCCUUGCAUACAAAGCUCUACCAGGAAGUGGAAAUUGCAAGUGUGGAUGCCUUCCAGGGCCGAGAGAAGGACUUUAUUAUCCUUUCUUGUGUGAGGGCCAAUGAACACCAAGGAAUAGGGUUUCUGAAUGACCCCAGGCGUCUUAACGUAGCUCUUACAAGAGCAAGGUAUGGAGUAAUUAUUGUUGGGAACCCAAAAGCACUGUCUAAACAACCACUUUGGAAUCACCUGCUGAAUUACUACAAGGAGCAGAAGGUUCUGGUGGAGGGACCACUGAAUAAUCUCCGGGAAAGCCUUAUGCAGUUCAGCAAGCCCCGGAAACUUGUCAAUACCAUCAACCCAGGUGCCCGUUUCAUGACUACUGCCAUGUAUGAUGCACGUGAGGCUAUUAUUCCAGGAUCUGUCUAUGACCGGAGCAGUCAAGGGCGCCCAUCCAACAUGUACUUCCAAACCCAUGACCAGAUCGGGAUGAUCAGUGCUGGCCCCAGCCAUGUCGCUGCUAUGAACAUUCCUAUCCCUUUCAACCUUGUGAUGCCACCAAUGCCACCACCGGGAUACUUUGGCCAGGCUAACGGACCAGCCGCAGGACGUGGGGCGCCAAAAGGGAAGACUGGUCGUGGUGGGCGCCAGAAAAAUCGUUUUGGGAUUCCUGGAACUAGUCAGUCAAACCUUCCAAAUAGUCAAGCGAGCCAAGAUGUGGUGUCCCAGCCUUUCUCCCAGGGUCCACUGACUCAGGGGUAUAUCUCCAUGAGUCAGCCAUCACAGAUGAGUCAGCCUGGGCUCUCCCAACCAGAAUUAUCACAGGACAGUUACCUUGGUGAUGAGUUUAAAUCUCAGAUUGACGUGGCGCUGUCACAGGACUCUACUUACCAGGGUGAACGUGCAUAUCAACAUGGUGGAGUGACGGGACUGUCACAGUAUUAGAGUGUUGAGGAAGAAGAGCUAAGCUUGUGUGGAGCUUAGUUCAUCAGCAUUUUAUUCUGGGUAAUAAAAAAAAUAAAAUAAAAUGGAUACCUGUUUUCCACUGCUAAAACUGAAGCACCACUGUGUGAGAGCAACAGGAGAAAGAAACCAACCAACGGAGAGGAGAGAGAGAGAAAGGAGCGCGCGCGAGAGAGCCCACUGCUAGCUCACUGAGACAAGGAGACUGACCGGAGAGGAGAGAGAGCACUGAAGGACUGGCUGGCGCCUCACUGGGAAGGCAACUCACCCUGAAAUGAGUGGUCAGCUGAGUCCCUGCUCCCCCAGUCAAACAAGCUCGAGAGAAGGGCCUUAAGCAGGUUUCACUUCAUUCCAUACUUCUCUUUGCGAGCAGGGCAUUACUUUUCAGAGCAGAUGGGGAGAGGAAAACCCUCAUCUCAGAGUUGUUCUCGUUUUAAAGGGGUACUAUAUUUUAGCAGUAACUGUUUACAUUUUAGAAGCAGAGUAUCUGAGAGAGAGAGAGUUCCUGACUUAAGUGACAGCAAGCCAAGCAGAAAUCCAGCGGAACAUAGCUGAUGCUCAACUCUGAGAUGCAGGUUUUGUUGUCCAACACUGGCUCUGAAAUCCUAGUGUCAUCGUGUCGCCCACAUUCUGAACGGGUCUUUCGUGACAAGGUGGUUUUAAAGAGAUUCUUUCAAAGGAGCACUGAAUUUUUAGAAGUUUGUCUCUGAAUUCUUAGUGGUGGACCUGGGAGAUCCUUGUUCUGAGAAGCUUACAAAAAGUUUAAAACAAAACUAAAUUAGAGCACCAACCUUGAGAACUUUCAGUGUGAUUUAAAGUUGCAGCAAUCAGCCUCUUCUUCCUACAUUGGAUAGCAGUUAGAGUGAAAGGAGCCUGCGCGCUCGAGCAGGAGGAGGGUUUCAAAGUGUUUUCUGUAUGCUUUAAUUGGCUACUGUCUGGACUCUACUCUGUGAAAAACAAGCCUUUCUGUAAGAUGAACUUUGCGCUUGAAAGGGGAUGGGUUCCUGUGCCCUUCGGCCCUGGAGGAAAAGAUGCUAACAAACAGGCCUGCUUUACUCACUCCCUCAGAUCUGGGGAAGAAGUAGUGGAAACUGGGGAUUAUAUUGGUUUUGAAGUAAAGACUACAAUGUUACCGAAGCAGGUUGGAAAAAUGGACAAAGCAGGCAGUUGUUGGAAGGUGGCCUCUGAUAGCUGGGUAUAAUUAGAGAUAAUGGGUUAGGCUUUUGUGUGGCUUCUUCGGUGAUUAAUGCAGAUAGCUGAAAGAUUCAGGUGUUGAAAACCAAACCCGGAGCCUAUUUUUCAGGUAGUGGACACGGCUGUGCCAUCAAUGCUGGCUUGAGAAAUAGCUGGAAGUCAAAACUGAAAACAGCACAUAAGAGAAGCCAUCCAAUUUCUAAGUUGUACCCAUGUCUUAAAUAAGUCAUAUGGGAACACUGGGAGCAUUUUAUUUCUGUCUAAACCUUUUUAGAAACAGCGCAGAGAAUUUAAAAUUCCUACAGACCCAUUUUUAUCAGAUCCCUAAAUUAGACUAACCUCUACCUCCUAAUUGGCAAAGAACAGUAGAGUGUGAUUCACUAACCUAGGUGUUUUUAAAGUUUGAAUUAAGUUAGCUUUAUACUCAAAGGGCUCCAAGUGUUUCUAGUCUUUUUUUUGGGGGAACUCAAAAUACCUCUCAUAUGAAUGUACUUAAAUGACGUAAAACCCACUUUUUGUAACUGGGGGGGAAAGCCCUUUCAUUACUGUCCUUUCUGUAGAUUGUUGACCCGCUUUCAUAACCUGUAUUUGCUGUAGUUUUUCAAGAGUGUCUCUCCCCCAGUGCAGACCUGGUGUAGCAUACCCACAAACUGUGAGUAGUGUGCACAUAAACAUGGAACAGGUGUUCAAAAUUUUUGUUCAGUCCUGCAGUGAACAUAGUUCAAGAACUGCAAAAGAAACUUUCCAGAAAUGAAAACCAUUCUUUUCUCAUAAAAAGCCUCCAGAGUUUAGACUUCUAAAAUGUGAAAGAAUGGAGACACAGGCCACCUUCCUUCCUUGUAAGAUGGACUGUUUUAUUUAUUAACAUUGCCGAAGGGCUUUUUAAUUUUUUUCCUUCUGUAGGCUGCGUAGUUGCAUAGACUUUUCCGAUAGGUUUAAGCUGUAACCCUCUGUGCAAUGCAAUCCAUUGAGUAAUGUAACCCCCUCCUCUCCCCUCACCCCCUUUAUUUCACUGAUGGGAAUGCUUGCCUCUGCUUUGUGCUGGUUUUUUCCUUUGUAGCAGUUACUCUGAGUUUUAUAAAUCCAGACAUCAGUGCUAGCACGGUGUUACUCUUUUUUGAUUUUGUCUCAGUUUGUUUUAAACCUGUUUGUCAUCAAUAAAAAUAUUAAUAAACAGCUCUUGCAUUCAA